AUGCCACUAGAGGAAAUAGAGGAUUCUCGAUUGCGUUUCGUCUUCGAUUACUUACAAGUUGUGACAGACAGGAAAGUAGACAAAUUAUUAAAAUUAAAGGAUGAUGCAGACAUCAUUGAAAAAAUUUUGAAGUACUUCGAGAAUCAAGAAGAACUUAUAAUGAUUAUAAUUAUCCCUCCCAGUGGCAUCAUGGAAGUUUACAACCACUUUCCUGCAGAAAUGAAGGGCAAAGGUUACUACUUCAUAAAAAACCACCCUGCUGUUUUUGAAAAGCAUGCUGAUUUAGCACAACUUAAAUCAGGAAUCACUUAUGGGGAUCUUCAUAAAUCACCGAUUCAUCAUUUCACAGCCUUCGUGAAUUCCGUUUUAGCUCCGAUUAUUCUCAACGAAAAGAACCGCGAAGAUUGGCCAGAAUCCUUGAAUCAGAAUAUCAAAAGGGACCUCUACAAUCUUCAGAAAAAGUCCGAGUUCGUGCUCGAAAUAAUGGAGGGGAGAACACAUUUAACUCUUCCCAAAAAUCUUGACAAACUAAUUUCGGGACAAGAUCCUGUUACGGCUAAUGGUGAAGAUGGAAUAGGUAGUAUGCUCUCUUCAAUUGAAAUGACCGUGGUUGACUGGAAUAAGAAGAUUAACGAAUGUCUUGAACAAACCUCUUCGGCUUCGGUUCCAGUUGGAGAAUUUGCGUUGCCGUCUCAUGAAUUCGACUUUUGGAAUCAGCGUAUGAAGUCCCUUCAGGAUAUUUACGAACAGUUAUUAAAUCCAGAGGUCAUGAGAAUGGCUUCAAUUUUGGAGGAAAAUGGAUCAGCUUAUACCUCGAUGUUCAAAAAGCUUUUCAAAAAGGUCGUAAGAGGUACUGUUGAAGCUGAAGACAUCGUCAUCUACCUCAGUCCAUUACUAAAAUACUUAAACGAGGUAGAAGCAGCAGGUUUUGAGGAAUGCAAGCCGAAAAUUCAGCCAAUAGUCCAUUUGUUAGCAUUAAUUUGGAUUAAUUGUAAUUAUUAUCGUGAUUCUAAAAGAAUGGCACAACUUAUAUCUGAGAUUGGAAAUUUUAUCAUUCAAAUGUGCCGAAGUUUUUUGGAUCCAUCAGAAAUUGUAAAAGAGGAACCAGAUGAAGGAUUAAAGAAAAUAAUUGAUUCUCUGGAUAUUCUCAACCAUUUUCGCUUAACAGUUGAUGAAUAUCGAGGAAAAGUUAGGGCUUCUUGCAACCAGAGAGAUAUUAAGCCAUCCGAAUGGAAAUUUCACAACAGCUGGAUUUUCAGUCGUCUUGAUGUCUUCAUCAGUAGACUUGAACUAAUCAAGGCUAGUCUUUUGGCUUCAAUAUCAUUGCAUUUAUAUUGGUUGAUAUUGAAAUACUUCCUUUUCAAUAUGGAUUAUAAUCGUCUCGAGAAAGUUGAGGCAUUGGGAGUGGAAGGAUCAAAGCUUUCAACGAGGCUUCUUGAAAUAUACGAAGAUUAUCAGAACGCCUAUAAAGGUUUCACUGAUCUUAGUAUGGACUGUCUUUCCACAGAAGAUAAAAUUUUUGAGAAUGAGAUAGAGAAGUACUUUAAGUUCAUUGAAGCUUACGACCGCCGAAUGUGUUCAAUUAUACUGCAGAGUUUCAAUACUUGUCCAGAUGUCACUGCAAUGUUCAAGACCAUUUACAUGUUCGGAUCUUUAAUGGAGCGUCCUUUGAUUAAGUCACAUGUUGACCACUGCUUCCAGAAGCUGUUGGAGAUGAUAAAUAAGGAUUUAGAUGUCUGUAAGAGGAUUUUAGAUCAGCAUGUGGGUAAUUCCGAGCUGUUGGAACAGGCAGUUUUCAAAAAUUUCCCUCCAGUGUCUGGAGCAAUUGCAUGGUCAAUGCAGAUUCAACGGCGUGCUGAUGCAUUGAUGAAACCGUUAAGUGAUAUUAUCAAUCAGUACGUUAAUGCAUUUAGAAUAACAAAAGAUGUUUCAUAA